AUGCGUCCGCUUGUGUGUUGGCCUGCCCUCGCCGAUGAAGCCGGCAACUACUUCUUCAACGGCAACUUCAAGGUGGACAGCCCCAAGAACUUCAACAUCGCCGGCACCGUGGUCAAGUACGGGCGGCCCAUGGACAUCUAUGAGACUGGCAUCGAGUACAUCGUGGCCCAGGGGCCCACCAACCAGGGCCUGAACGUCAUGGUGUGGAACCAGAACGGCAAAAGCCUCUCCAUCACCUUCGAGUACACGCUGCAGCACCCGCCGCACGCCAGCCUGCGGCCCCUCUACUACAGCUUCCCCGGCUCCGAGAGCGCCGAGAGCCAGGAGCUGGACGGCCCGGGGCUGCUGGGCUUCCUGCAGCACAACGGCUCGCUCUACGGCCAGACCUCCUCCGAGCGCCUGGGCACGGGCCCGGAGCUGGGGCUGAGCCAGGGCCAGGAGACCAGCGAGGUGUGCGAGCAGGCCAGCGGCGGCCGGGCCUGCGAGGGGUCCCUCCGGGGCAAGGGCUCCCGAGAUGGCAACGCCACGAAGGCAGCUCCCCCGGCGGACAAGGAUGACCAAGAGGCCGACGCCCACCUUCCCUCCCCGGAGUUCAUCCCGGCCUUCAUCAUCCUGGCCCCAGGCUCCGACUCCAAGGAUCUCAACUUCACCGAGAUGGUCCACAGACUCUUCGGGCAGGGCCUGCCCCGGAGAGCCCCGGCCGAGGGCCUCUAUGUGGACUACGACGAGAGCGAGGGGCCCGGCGCUUAUCUGCUCAACGGGUCCUACCUGGAGCUGAGCAAUGACCGAGUGACCAACAGCUCCUCCGAGGUCCCCUUCCCCAACGGGAGCGCCAGCCUCCCCGCUUCGGCUGGGAACAGGACGCACAAGGCCAGGACCAGGCCCAAGGCCUGCAAGCAAGGCGUGAGCCCGGCGGACAUGUACCGGUGGAAGCUCUCAUCGUACGAGCCCUGCAGCGCCACCUGCACCACAGGGGUCAUGUCCACCUACGCCACGUGCCUGCGCUAGGACGGCAUCCAGGUGGAGGACAACUACUGCGACGCCCUGACCCGCCCGGAGCCGGUCCAGGAGUUCUGUGCUGGGAGGGAGUGCCAGCCCAGGUGGGAGACCAGCAGCUGGAGCGAGUGCUCGCGCACCUGCGGCUGCGGUGAGGGCUACCAGUUCCACAUCAUGCGCUGCUGGAAGAUGCUGUCGCCGGGCUUCGACAGCUCCGUGUACAGUGACCUGUGCGAGGCAGCCGACUGCCGGGCCGCCGUGGGGCCCGAGGAGCGCAAGAUCUGCAAGAACUGGGCCUGCUGGCCGCAGUGGGAGAUGUCCGAGUGGUCCGAGUGCCCGGCCAAGUGUGGGGAGCGCGGCGUGGUGACCAGGGACACCCGCUGCUCCGAGGACGAGAAGCUGUGCGACCCCAACACCAGGCCCAAGCGGGAGAAGGAGUGCAUGGGACCACCCUGCGACCGCCAGUGGACCGUCUCCGACUGGGGGCCGUGCAGCGGGAGCUGCGGCCCCGGCCGCAUGAUCAGACACGUGUACUGCAAGACCAGCGACGGGAGGGUGGUGCCCGAGUCGCAGUGCCAGAUGGAGACCAAACUGCUGGCCAUCCACCCCUGCGGGGACAAGAACUGCCCUGCGCACUGGCUGGCCCAGGACUGGGAGCGGUGCAACACCACCUGUGGCCGAGGCGUGAAGAAGAGGCUGGUCCUGUGCAUGGAGCUGACCAAUGGGAAGCUGCAGACGCGCAGUGACCCCGAGUGCGGGCUGGCCACGAAGCCGCCCGAGGAGAGCUUUAAGUGGUACACCAGCCCGUGGUCUGAGUGCACCAAGACCUGCGGGAUGGGCAUGCGGAUGCGAGACGUCAAGUGUUACCAGGGCACCGACAUCGUCCGAGGCUGCGACCCGCUGGUGAAACCCGUGGGCAGACUGGCCUGUGACCUGCAGCCCUGCCCCACGGAGCGCCUAGAUGACAGCUGCCAGGACCAGCCAGGCACCAACUGUGCCCUGGCCAUCAAGGUGAACCUGUGUGGCCACUGGUACUACAGCAAGGCGUGCUGCCACUCCUGCCGGCCCCCCCACUCCUAGGCGGCUGCCUGAGACCCCGCGCCCCACCUGGGGCCCCAUGGACACUCCCUGCUGGGCGCCAGGGGGCCGUGAAGAUGUGAAACUGAGCCUCCGCUCUCACCGGGAAGGAGAGCCGGUGCUGUGGGCCUCCCUGACAGUGCCCCGCGUGGGCUGUUGUUCUUAGGGCCUGAGCACCCAGCCCAGCACCGGGCUGCCCAGGGCCUGGGGCCCAGAGCCCAGAGGUGGAGGGAACUGGCCCUCCUGCCCCCCCUCCCCCCACCCUGAGCCUGCUCAGCCCUGGGAGGGCCCUGCCUGCCUCAGGGCAGGCGGAGGAGAGGGCAGGGCAGGCAGGAGGAUGAGGGCCACCUGGGAUCCGCUCCUACGUAGGUGACUCCUCCGGAGGCACUUCACCUCCCAUCCCAGCACCCGCUGCCUCCCAGCCCAGCCCGCGCUCGGGGGGCCACCGCACUUUACGCCCGGGAAGAGGCACCUCACAGCACACCUGUCCGCCCUCUGCCAGCACCUGCACAUUAAUAAAGUCUAUUUAUGGUAGCAAAAAAAAAAAAA